UGUGAGGAACCUUGUCCUCACAUUGAAGAACCUUGUCCUCAGAGUGAAGAACCUUGUCCUCAGAGUGAGGAACAUUGCCCUCAGAAUCAGGAACCUUGUCCUCGGAAUGAAGAACCUUGUCCUCAGAUUGAAGAACCUUGUCCUCAGUGUGAGGAACCUUGUCCUCAGAGUGACGAACCUUGUUCUCGGAGUGAAGAACCUGGUCCUCAGAGCGAAGACCCUUGUUCUCAGAGAACUUGUCCUCAGAGUGAGGAACCCUGUUCUCAGUGUGAGGAACCUUGUCCUCUGAUUGAACAACCUUGUCCUCAAAGUGAGAAACCUUGUCCUCAGUGUGAGGAACCUUGCCCUCAGAGUGAAGAACCUUGUCCUCGGAGUGAAAAACCUGGUCCUCAGAGUGAAGAACCUUGUUCUCAGAGACCUUGUCUUCAGAGUGAGGAACCUUGUCCUCAGAGUGAGGAACCUUGUCCCCAGAGUGAAGAACCUUGUCCUCAAAGUGAGGAACCCUGCUUUCAAUGUGAAGAACCUUGUCCUCAAAGUGAGGAACCCUGCUCUCAAUGUGAGCAACCUUGUCCUCAGAUUGAACAACCUUGCCCUCAGCGUGAGGAACCUUGUCCUCAGAGUGAAGAACCUGGUCCUCAGAGUGAAAAACCUUGCCCUCAGAGUGAAGAACCGUGUCCUCAGCGUGAAGAACCUUGUCCUCAGAGUCACGAACCUUGUCAUCAAAGAGAGGAACCUUGUCCACAGUGUGACGAACCUUGUCCUCAGAGUGAAGAACCUUGUCAUCAGAGUGAAGAACCUUGUCCUCAGAGUGAAGAACUUUGUCCUCAGAGUGAAGAACAUUGUCCUCAGAGUGAAGAACCUUGUCCUCAAAGUGAGGAACCUUGUCCUCAUUGUGAAAACCUACUUCUCAGAGACCUUGUCCUCAGAGUGAGGAACCUUGUCCUCAGAGUGUGGAACCUUGUCCUCAGAGUGAAGAACCUUGUCCUCAGAGUGAAGAACCUUGUUCUCAGAGACCUUGUCUUCAGAGUGAGGAACCUUGUCCUCAGAGUGAGGAACCCUGUUCUCAGUGUGAGGAACCUUGUCCUCUGAUUGAACAACCUUGUCCUCAAAGUGAGAAACCUUGUCCUCAGUGUGAGGAACCUUGCCCUCAGAGUGAAGAACCUUGUCCUCGGAGUGAAAAACCUGGUCCUCAGAGUGAAGAACCUUGUUCUCAGAGACCUUGUCUUCAGAGUGAGGAACCUUGUCCUCAGAGUGAGGAACCUUGUCCCCAGAGUGAAGAACCUUGUCCUCAAAGUGAGGAACCCUGCUUUCAAUGUGAAGAACCUUGUCCUCAAAGUGAGGAACCCUGCUCUCAAUGUGAGCAACCUUGUCCUCAGAUUGAACAACCUUGCCCUCAGCGUGAGGAACCUUGUCCUCAGAGUGAAGAACCUGGUCCUCAGAGUGAAAAACCUUGCCCUCAGAGUGAAGAACCGUGUCCUCAGCGUGAAGAACCUUGUCCUCAGAGUCACGAACCUUGUCAUCAAAGAGAGGAACCUUGUCCACAGUGUGACGAACCUUGUCCUCAGAGUGAAGAACCUUGUCAUCAGAGUGAAGAACCUUGUCCUCAGAGUGAAGAACUUUGUCCUCAGAGUGAAGAACAUUGUCCUCAGAGUGAAGAACCUUGUCCUCAAAGUGAGGAACCUUGUCCUCAUUGUGAAAACCUACUUCUCAGAGACCUUGUCCUCAGAGUGAGGAACCUUGUCCUCAGAGUGUGGAACCUUGUCCUCAGAGUGAAGAACCUUGUCCUCAGAGUGAAGAACCUUGUUCUCAGAGACCUUGUCUUCAGAGUGAGGAACCUUGUCCUCAGAGUGAGGAACCCUGUUCUCAGUGUGAGGAACCUUGUCCUCUGAUUGAACAACCUUGUCCUCAAAGUGAGAAACCUUGUCCUCAGUGUGAGGAACCUUGCCCUCAGAGUGAAGAACCUUGUCCUCGGAGUGAAAAACCUGGUCCUCAGAGUGAAGAACCUUGUUCUCAGAGACCUUGUCUUCAGAGUGAGGAACCUUGUCCUCAGAGUGAGGAACCUUGUCCCCAGAGUGAAGAACCUUGUCCUCAAAGUGAGGAACCCUGCUUUCAAUGUGAAGAACCUUGUCCUCAAAGUGAGGAACCCUGCUCUCAAUGUGAGCAACCUUGUCCUCAGAUUGAACAACCUUGCCCUCAGCGUGAGGAACCUUGUCCUCAGAGUGAAGAACCUUGUCCUCAGAGUGAAGAACCUUGUCUUCAGAGUGAAGAACCUUGUCCUAAGAAUGAAGAAAACUGUCCCCUAAGUGUGGAACAUUGUCCUCAGUGUGAGAAACCUUGUCCUCGGAUAGAAGAACUUUGUCCUCAGAGUGAGGAACCUUGUCCUCAGAGUGAAGAAGUUUUGUCCUGAGUGGGAGGAACCUUGUCCUCAGAGUGAAGAGCCUUGUCCUCAGAGUGAAGAAUCUUGUCCUCAGAGUGAAGAAACUUGUCCUCAGAGUGAAGAACCUUAUACUCAGAUUUUAAAUAACCUUGUCCUCAAACUGAGGAACCUUGUCCUCAUGUGAGGAACCUUGUCCUCAGAUUGACGAACCUUGUUCUCAGCACGAGGAAGGUUGUCCUCAGAGUGAGGAACCUUGUCCUCAGAGUGAGGAACCUUGUCCUCGGAAUGAAGAACCUUGUCCUCAGAGUGAAGAACCUGGUCCUCAGAGUGAAAAACCUUGCCCUCAGAGUGUAGAACCUUGUCCUCAGAGUGAAGAACCUUGUCCUCAGAGUCACGAACCUUGUCAUCAAAGAGAGGAACCUUGUCCACAGUGUGAGGAACCUUGUCCUCAGAGUGAAGAACCUUGUCCUCAGAGUGAAGAAACUUGUCCUCAGAGUGAAGAACUUUGUCCUCAGAGUGAAGAACAAUGUCCUCAGAGUGAAGAACCUUGUCCUCAAAGUGAGGAACCUUGUCCUCAUUGUGAAAACCUACUUCUCAGAGACCUUUUCCUCAGAGUGAGGAACCUUGUCCUCAGAGUGAGGAACCUUGUCCUCAGAGUGAAGAACCUUGUCCUCAGAGUGAAGAACCUUGUUCUCAGAGACCUUAUCUUCAGAGUGAGGAACCUUGUCCUCAGAGUGAGGAACCUUGUCCUCAGAGUGAAGAACCUUGUCCUCAAAGUGAGGAACCCUGUUCUCAGUGUGAGGAACCUUGUCCUCAGAUUGAACAACCUUCUCCUCAAAGUGAGAAACCUUGUCCUCAGUGUGAGGAACCUUGCCCUCAGAGUGAAGAACCUUGUCCUCGGAGUGAAAAACCUGGUCCUCAGGGUGAAGAACCUUGUUCUCCGAGACCUUGUCUUCAGAGUGAGGAACCUUGCCCUCAGAGUGAGGAACCUUGUCCUCAGAGUGAAGAACCUUGUCCUCAAAGUGAGGAACCCUGUUCUCAGUGUGAGGAACCUUGUCCUCAGAUUGAACAACCUUCUCCUCAAAGUGAGAAACCUUGUCCUCAGUGUGAGGAACCUUGCCCUCAGAGUGAAGAACCUUGUCCUCGGAGUGAAAAACCUGGUCCUCAGGGUGAAGAACCUUGUUCUCCGAGACCUUGUCUUCAGAGUGAGGAACCUUGCCCUCAGAGUGAGGAACCUUGUCCUCAGAGUGAAGAACCUUGUCCUCAAAGUGAGGAACCCUGUUCUCAGUGUGAGGAACCUUGUCCUCAGAUUGAACAACCUUCUCCUCAAAGUGAGAAACCUUGUCCUCAGUGUGAGGAACCUUGCCCUCAGAGUGAAGAACCUUGUCCUCGGAGUGAAAAACCUGGUCCUCAGGGUGAAGAACCUUGUUCUCCGAGACCUUGUCUUCAGAGUGAGGAACCUUGCCCUCAGAGUGAGGAACCUUGUCCUCAGAGUGAAGAACCUUGUCCUCAAAGUGAGGAACCCUGUUCUCAGUGUGAGGAACCUUGUCCUCAGAUUGAACAACCUUGUCCUCAGAGUGAGGAACCUUGUCCUCAGAGUGAAAAACCUUGUCCUCAGAGUGAAGAAUCUUGUCCUCAGAGUGAAGAACCUUGUCCUCAAAUUGAGGAACCUUGUCCUCAGUGUGAGAAACCUAGUCUUCAGAUUGAAGAACUUUGUCCUCAGAGUGAGGAACCUUGUCCUCAGAGUGAAGCACUUUUUUCCUGA